AUGCCGAAUUUAUUCCUACCGAAGUCGUUUAAGAAGAUCCAGACCAAGUUUAUUGAUAAUAUAGUACCGGACUUGAGAGAAGACUCGGUCAAUUUAAACAAUUUCGAGACAUUCGACGAUCUAUUAACUAUACUUGAAUCCUCAUUUAGAACUCAAAAUAAUUAUAUAGUCAAUGAAGGACACGAAUAUAAUUUGUUACCUAUACCAUCAACAGCGGUGCUUCAUCUUUUGUUGACCCUUGCUUCGAGAGCCCGCAAAUGUAAUUGGACGGUUAAACCGUCAUACACCAAAAAUGGAGUUGGCGAGUCUCAGCAGCAAGUCAAAAUGUCUAAUAAGUAUAAUGAUACUUGUUUGCACAAGUCACCGUUAAGGGACCGUUGUGUUGCAGUGCUACGCAAAUACUUGGAUAUUCUGUUUGCAAAUCCGUCCGAGCCAAUAUAUCCUGCAUUAAUGAAAGUCGUUGGCGACUUGUUACGUCUGAAUAAUAUAAGAACCCUGGGAUUAUCAGACAUUACGUCAUUUUAUCGGAACGCAAGAGAGCCACAAAGUAAAUCUCAACCUCCACCUCCACCUCAACCUCAACCACAAGAGGAGGUGACGACAAAAAGGCGACAAAGCUUUACUGAAAAAGCUGCUUCUGAUCUCGGCGCAAAGAAUGGAAAUGAAUAUAGUAACUUUGGCGAGGAUUCUGGGGAAGAAAAUUCAGAUCUCGAUUACGAUACUACAAGAGAUAUGGAAAACUCAAGCUCAAUACUUAAUAUGGAAGAAGAAAUUAGUAUAAAUGACUCUGCUGAGCUCCCCAUGUUUGCCAGGUUAAUAGCUCAACCGACCGAAACUUGGGAUAGGUUGAGAAUCUACGAUGAACCAUCAUUGCAGGAAAGAGUUGGCUCAAAUAGCAAAUUCCAUUUAUGGAAACUCAUCAACUGGUGUUUUUUCUGUGCUGGACUAUCAAGUUUGUAUUAUCUAAAAGUGAAAGCGGACUGCCAUUACAUAUACGAAGCACAGUCUCAAAUGCUUUCAAUUGUCUUUGAUUUAAUCGAAUAUAAUUUGGUUUCUGAAAUGGCAAAAUUGUUUAAUGAAAAGGAUCCGUACCUAUGGCUCUUUAAUCCAAAGGAUAAAAGGAAAUUGGUUAGCUUGCAAGUGGAAAAUAGUCCUGAUAUUUUGUUUCUGAUGUUGAUCAAAUGCUUGGGCCGCUAUCAAGGCCUGUGGUAUGAAUAUAUCGUUGAAUUUGUUUUUAAUGGAUUAACACCGCACUUGCCAGCAUUUCCGGAAGGAUGCUAUCAACAUGAAAUUGCACUUGUUAGAAAAGAGUUUAAGAAAAAGCGACAAUCAGCAGAUGAGUUUGACGGAAAUGAUAUUUUGAGCGACAACUUGCACUCGAUGAGUCUUCGAUUCAAAAUCAGCUGCAUCGUCUUUUACUGGAGUUUAGCAUUUGACGAAGCAGUGGUUAAUAGGUGCAACACAGCAGGAGGGUCUUUUUCAAAAAGUUUGGCACCAGAUGUGUUUAUAGGAAAUCUCAGUGAAAAGUUCCUGUAUAUCGAUUAUCGAUAUAUAGUUGAAUUUUUUUACUCGUUUGCAAACCCAUCCAAUAUAAGUUUCAAGUACCGAGAGUUAUUUUUGGUGAAACUAUCCACCCGGAUUUUGAAUGAUGUAUAUGCAUCACCUACCAGAAAGUUUGUUUUGCACUGCCACCUUGAGUCCAGCGACGCAAACUUCCAAGUCGAUAAUCUCGAUUUGAUACUCAAAUGGCUCAAUGAUCCUCUGGUUUACGCACUGAUAACGGAGGACGAAUUAUGGAAAAGCUUUGAACAAUUUUACCAAACGUGGAUGAAGUUGAACUUUGUUUUAGAAUGGAUGUUGAUUUGGAUACUUGAAGAUCUUUUUCGUAUGGGCAGCAUUGUAUAUAAGGAUCAACUGGUUGUUGAUAAGCUAAUACUGGCAAAUGAUCUACGAUUAUCAAAGUACGACGAGUUUCUCAAUCUAUGUACUGAAUCCAUUGAGAAGUCAAAUCUUGAGUUCCAAAUAACAAAAGAAACGGCACAAGAGUACAAGAGAAAGGUUUUUGAGCAGGAUAGUUUUACAUCAAUAAUUGCCAAUUACCUAUAA